AUGAACGAACGUAUCUUUGUUGUUGUUGUUUUUAUCAUUGUUCAGUUAAAAUUAGCUCAAUUAGAAGAUACACAAAAGUUGCCUAAAGUGUUGCAACGUUUCAGUGCUAGUUCUAGUAGUAGCAGUAGUAGUAUACGUCCAAGUUUAUUAACUUCACAAGCUCGUACAGCACAAUUAGAAAAUCAAGAGAUUAUAUUAAAAUUACAAAAUGCUGAAAGAAUAAUCAAUAAAUUACGUAAUGAAUUAAUUGAAAUGAAAGAAUUACAUGCAACGCAAAAUAUUACAGCUGUACAAGAAGCUGAAGAAGCAAGAUUAACAGUAGAAAGAGAAUUAGAAGAUAUUAAAGAUCGUUUAUUAACGAUGGAAUGUUAUAGACAACAAGUGGAAUUAUUUAGACAUCGUCAUUUUGAAUUAGAAGAGGCUGCAGAAAAAGAAUAUAAAAUAUGGCAAGAUGAAAGAAAUCAACUAAUUUACCAAGCAGAAGAAGCCCGUGUUAUGAUUGAUCAAUGGAGUACACAAAUCAAGUGUAAAGCUAAUGGUGAAGACAUUAAACCUGAAGACGUUUUGAAUGAAAUUUUAAAAUCUAUGGAAAAAUGGUCUAGUGAACAUGAAAGAUUACCAAAUUUGAAACGUCGUAUGCUUGAUUCUGUAUCGUCUAUUGAAAGUACCUCUGGUAUUGGUCUUAGUUCCGGUGCAACAAACAGUCCAAUGAUACCACAAUCAUCAAAAAAUAGUUUAAUGAUCAAUUCAACAAUUUCACCAUUCUCUCCAAGUUUAUUACCGAAAGGAUCAACAUUAACAAAUCAAAGAUCUACAUCAAUGGAAUGGACAACUGGUCGUUUUCAUGGCCAUUCUAGUGGUCAUCCAUUUGGAUUAAAUUUCAAAGAGAUUAAUUAUGGAUUAGGUACAACCAGUGGUACAUCAUUGAUAAAUGGUUUUCGUGGCAGUGCAUUAAGUCUUGCAACAAGCACCGGAAUAGGUGGUGGAAGCAGUUAUAGUUUAAUGGUUAAUAGUCGUUGUGGCAGAUCAGUUUCACCUGAAGUUACUGUGAAAAAGAUAUCAAAUUAUCCUGAUCCAACACUUGGAUUUUUAGUUCGUCCAACUUCUAAACAAGGUUCACAAGAUAGUUUGGCUAGUAUUAAUGAUUAUUCUCAAAGAUCAUUUACAUUACCAGGUAAACCACCAAUUAGAAGUGUUAUCUCACCAGCAAGACGUAUGUUCUUUGAAGAGAAUCGUGAGAAUAAAUCCAGUGAAAUUGAUUUACAUCAUCAUACACAACAACAUACAAAUUAUCAUAAUCUAUUAUAUAAUGAAUCAACCAAAACAAGUCAAUUAAGUUUAUGUAAUUCUGAAGAAAGAAAUGAUCUAAAUAAUUCAUCUAAUCUUAUUCCUACUACUACUACCACUACUACUCAUAAUAAUAAUAAACAUACUACUGAUUUAUCACCAAAACUAAUUGAUGAUAAAUCAAAAUCAAUAUUAAACAUUGAUUUCGAUAAAAUCAAUACAACGAAUCAUCAUCAUCAUAAACAAAAUGAUAAAAAUCAAUUAAAAUUAAUUGAUAAUACAGAUAAAUCAAUAAAUAAUGGUACAACACAUUCACGUUUAUCAUUUACUAAUCGUUUUACUCGUUGGUCUAAUCAUUCUAAUAAUAAACAUCUUGAAAAAGCUCAUUCAGUUGAACCAAAUUCAUUGAAUGAUUUCAAAGAGAAUCUAUCUGAUCAUAAUGAUAAUAAUCAUUCUAUUAUUAAAACGAUUAGUAAAUCACGUGAGAAUCUAUUUAUGAGAUCAACAAAAAAAGAUAAAACUCAUGUCAAAACAAAUUCACAAGAAAAAUCCAAAAGUAAUAUUCCUCAAUCGAAUGAAUUCACAUCUACAUCAAGAUCAUUAUCAUCAUCAUCGUCAAUGACAACAACUACUACAACAGUAACCAACACCACCACCACCACCACAGCAACAACAACACCAUCAUCAUCAAUAAAUCAUUAUGAAACCUCAUUACAAUCUAAUCAAUCAAUAGUGAAACGAUCCAAAUCUGUAUCGAAUAUAUCCCCAGCAAUUAUGGCUUUAAGACAAAAAUUUUCAGGUGGUGGUAAAUCAUAAAUAUAAAUAGAUUAUAUAUCAUAUUACGUAAUUGAUUGAAAUAUUAUGAUUAAAUGGAUAAUAAAGAUUUCAUUGAGAUAUAUUUAUGAUACCCAGUAUUGGAACAUACUAAACGUGUACUGUUUAAGUAUAUUAAAUAUUAUUGUGUAAGCUCAUUAUCUGAGAACAGUUAUGAAUAAAGCUUACAGAAGAAGAAGAAAAAAAAGGGAGAGAAGCAGCAACAAUUCUUUUUUCAUUGUACCACCACCUUUUUUUGUUCAUUCAAUUUCUGUAACUUUAUAGGAGGAUAAUUACUAGGGCGUUUUUUGGAUAUUAUUAUUAUUAUUAUGAUUAUUAUUCACCCUUUUGAAAACCACUCAUAAAUGAUGAAUACAAUUUAUGAAUCAAAUUUACAGGUCUAUGUAAAUGAUCUUUAGUCA